AGGCUGCAGUGGGGCGGUCACACCCACAGUCGUGCUGUCCCGGAGAUCAAGCAGGCUGGCUGCGAUGCCGUCCCUCAGCCUGGCGAUGGCCAGCAGCCAGGUGCUCCCCGCCUUCCUGCUCUGUAGCACGCUGCUGGUCCUCAAGAUGUACGCGGUGGCUGUCAUCACGGGCUACACUAGGUUGCGGAAGAAGGCUUUUGCCAACCCUGAGGAUGCCCUAAAACGUGGAGGCCUCCAGUACUACAGGAGUGACCCGGAUGUGGAGCGCUGCCUCAGGGUCCACAGGAAUGAUAUGGAAAACAUCUACCCAUUCCUCUUCCUGGGCUUCGUCUACUCACUCCUGGGACCUAACCUUUCAGUUGCCUGGAUACACUUCCUCGUCGUCCUCACGGGUCGCAUGGUGCACACCGUGACCUACCUGGGCAAGCUGAGUCCCCGAAUCCGCUCUGGGUCCUACGUGCUGGCCCAGGUGGCCUGUGUCUCCAUGGCUCUGCAAAUCCUCUGGGAAGCGGUCCGACACCUGUGACCGGGAGCUGAUGCCUGCUUGCCCACCAUGCUGUGGGCCAUGAGCCACUGAGGCUGAACCUGGGGACGUGGUGUCUAGAAUAGGGCUCCUGGUCAUCUGAGUGUGUGGAUCCCUGGGCCCAGAGUGUGUGUGUGUGUGUGUGUGUGUGUGUGUGUUAGUGUCUUGGGCUCCUAGAUAAAGUUGCCAAGUACAACCACGGAUAGAUGAGUUGUCAAAAUUGACAGAACAUCUUUCAUCUCAUAAGAGCUUUAAACGAGUGAAGAGAGAGAGGGGGACCGUCACGAAUGAUUCUCAAACCCAGCCAUCAUCCAAUUCAGGCUCCAAAAUGCAGACUUUUUAGACCAACCCAAGAUUCUGGCUCAGCCCUUGGAGACAAGCCUAGACUGAGCUCCACGUGAAGCCCAGCGAUGGCCAGCUCCAGGCCCAGGACAGCGGAGGCACUCUGUGUUUUCGUGGAGGGCAUUGGCUGAGGCAGACAGGCUUGAGCUGCUUUGUCCUCUAUUGAUGUUUCCUUACCCUUUGCUCUGAAGACCUUACUACACAGACAGGCUGGGAGUGCGUGGGAACAGUCACAGUAAGGCCCUCCUGCUUGUUCAAGGCCUUAGCCCUCCAAAAACGGCUGUCAGUCAUAAACAAUGAGCUUUGAGUGACCACUGAAAGGGGCCUUUGGUCCCUUUAAUGCCUGUGAGGUUUGAAGACUUAAGAUGUCCACUCCUAUGAGGAACCUUGUGUGUGCAUAUGUGGUAUCCCCGAGACUCUCCUCCUAAUCAUUAAACGGCAGUGUCUGAUA